AUGGUUGAUGAUGUCUCUUCAAGGUAUUUUUUCAAUAUUUUAUUUAAUCAAAGCUUCGAUAGAAGUGGCGAUCAAAUUGAAGUGCUUGUCCGUGAAGCAGAAGACCUCCGGCAAAAAUUGGACCAGGAAAGGCAAAAAUUGAAUGAUGUGCCAAUCCAAACAGCAGCCGCAAAAUUGGCAAAAUUGGAACUUGGUGGAAUGAGAUGUCGACGUGUACUCCGUGGACAUGCUAGUAAAGUUUUAUGCAUGGAUUGGGCACAGGAUAAAAGACACAUUGUCAGUUCUUCGCAAGAUGGCAAAGUCAUUGUAUGGGAUGGAUUUACAACUAAUAAAGAACAUGCCAUCACUAUGCCUACUACAUGGGUCAUGGCUUGCGCUUUUGCCCCAAGUAUGCAAAUGAUUGCCUGUGGCGGUUUGGACAAUAAAUGUUCUGUCAUACCUCUCAACUUUGACGAGGAUAUAAUCCAAAAGAAGCGAUCUGUGGCUACUCAUACUUCUUAUAUGAGCUGCUGUACUUUUAUUCGUUCGGAUAAUUUGUUAUUGACUGGUAGCGGUGACUCAACUUGUGCUAUGUGGGACGUUGAAAGUGGUCAAAUGAUUCAAAAUUUCCAUGGUCAUUUAGGCGAUGUUUUUGCCGUUGACAUUGCCAAAUCUGAUAUGGGAAAUAUUUUUAUUUCUGGGGGCGCUGACAAACACGCACUCGUAUGGGAUAUCCGCUCAGGACAGUGUGUUCAAAGCUUUGAUGGGCACGAAGAAGAUAUUAAUACUAUUCGAUUUCAUCCAAAUGGAGACGCUUUUGCUACUGGAUCUGAUGAUGCUUCGUGCCGUCUCUACGACAUUCGUGCUGAUCGUCAAGUUGCUGUUUACCAAAAAGAAUCAAUUUUCUUCCCGGUAAAUGGUGUUGACUUUUCUGUUAGCGGUCGCUUAUUAUUUGCUGGCUAUGGUGAUUAUCGAAUUUCUGUUUGGGAUACACUCAAAUGUGUUCGAGCCCAUGUUUUGUAUGGACAUGAAAAUCGUAUUUCUUGUUUGAGAACAUCUCCAGAUGGAACAGCUAUAUGCACUGCUUCAUGGGAUUCUUUCCUUAAGAUCUGGGCUUAAUUGCUUGUAAGAAGGAUGAUUUUUUUACUUAAUUCCUGUUUUUGCUGGACGAAAAUCUCAUUUUUAAAACGAAUUUUUUGAUUAUAGGUUUAUUUUAUAUAAGGAAAGAGAUCAGAACGUUUAAAAUCUUAUCUAGUGUUGUUAGGGUUUACCCGGGGUCACGGGAUUCGGGGAUACUUGAGGUCACGGGAUUUCAUUGGGAGCACGGGGAUGAAAUCUUUGUUUGGACAGGGAUUUUUCAACAAAAUUCUUUCGCUUUAUCGUUAUACACUUGCACAAGGUAUAAAUGAAUAGGAAGUAAUCUAACUUAUUUUGGAUGAUGGCACUUUUGUUUGUGCUUGUUUUAAACCUUUUGACUAAUGUAAGUAUUCUAUUACUUAAGGAAAAAAAGAUCCGAACGUUUAAUGCCCCAUCUAUGUUAGGAUUUACCCGGGGUGCGUUCGAAUCCAGAUUAGUCUUGUUGGAGAGACUUUGCAUUUGGAGGAAGGUAAAGACACAAUUUUUAUUAGGAUAUGUAAUUUUUGAAAAAAAAGUUGCAAACAAAUUUUCUCGACUUGUAGAACUACUGGGGUAUAAGCUUUAAUCAACAUCUGGAAUAACUCAACCAAAAAUUGUCGUUCUGAUCUCUUUAACUUUAAUUUUCG